AUUUAUCAUUAUAACGUUUUUAAGAAAGUAUUUAAAUUUUGACGCAUAUUUAUCUUAUGGUGGUUUCUACAUAAAAUCCUGUGUGAUUUGCACCAUAAUACCUCGUGAUACCAGACCCCCAUCUACUGAUAUAUUGAUUAUUCAGAAGUCUCCUUGCUUCCGUUCUUAAAUGUAUUUUAUUAUUAAUUUUUCUUUGCCUUGUGAGUUCUCCAUUUCUUGUGCAUUGUGACUAAUGAAAGUUGUUCAGCUGUAAUGUGCCUUACUAGUAUUCAGGAUUUACCUGAUUUAAAUCUGAGCCAGAGGACUAGACAAUUCCAUGUCUUGUGUGUGUGUGUGUGUGUUUUAUAUAUAUCAGUUUCAGAACAUUACCUUGAAAUAAGGUCGAUGAUCAGUCUUUCAGUGCACACCGGAUUGUCCUAGCUGCAACAAUUCCUUAUUUCCAAGCAAUGUUCACACAUGACAUGGUGGAGAGCAAGCAGCGGGAUAUCAAGAUACAGGGCAUCGAGGCAGCUGCUCUGGAAGCCCUAAUCAAUUUUGCAUAUAGUGGACGAGUCCUACUGGAUAAUGACAAUGUACAAAGUGUGAUGGUUGGUGCUUCAUUCUUGCAGCUUAAUCAAGUCAAGGACGCAUGUGCAGAUUUCCUAAAGCGAAGGUUCCAUCCUAACAAUGUGCUUGGCAUUCGAUCCUUUGCCGACACACUUGGAUGUUCUCCCCUGGUGUUGGAAGCUGACAAGUACAUUCAGCAGUACUUCCACAAUGUCUCAAUGUCUGAUGAGUAUUUGAACCUAUCUUGCCCAGACUUACUCAGCAUUGUGAGGAAGGAUGAGCUCCACGUCUUCUCGGAGGAACAGGUUUUUGAAGCAGUUAUGAGGUGGGUGAAGAGGGAACCUGAAGUGCGUAAAAAGGACCUGCCCCAACUGCUUGCUUCAGUCCGCAUGCCACUUCUCACACCUCACUACCUAGCAGAUAGAGUAUCUGUAGAAGAACUGAUCAGGACGUCACAUGAGUGCCGGGACCUAUUGGAUGAAGCCAGAGACUACCACUUGAUGCCUGAGCGGCGGCCGCUGUUGCAGAGUUUCCGCACUCGACCUCGGUGCUGUAAUUACAUUAUGGGUCACAUCUUCGCUGUUGGUGGCCUCACCAAAUCAGGUGAUUCACUGAGUACAGUAGAGGUGUUUGAUCCAAUUAUCGGUCGCUGGCAGUUGGCAGAAGCAAUGAGCAUGCUCCGGAGUCGCGUUGGUGUGGCUGUGAUGCGUGACAGACUGUAUGCAUUUGGCGGUUACAAUGGCUAUGAACGGCUGUCGACUGUUGAAGUUUUUGACCCACAAAAGCGAGCGUGGAGUCGAGUCUCUCCUAUGCAUUUUAAACGCAGUGCUGUGGGGGCAGCAGCGCUCAAUGACUGUCUGUACGUGUGCGGUGGAUAUGAUGGGGUCACAUCUUUAAACACAGUGGAGUGCUACCAACCAGACAAUGAUGAGUGGAGUGUGGUGGCCAGCAUGAUAAAACAUCGUAGUGCUGGUGCUGUUGUAGCCUUUGAAGGAUUCAUAUAUGCCCUUGGUGGACACGAUGGACUCUCUAUCUUUGAUUCGGUGGAGAGGUAUGACCCCCAUACAGGAAAGUGGAUGGCAUGUGUGCCCAUGCUCACCAGAAGGUGUCGCCUGGGGGUAGCCACCUUGAAUGGUAAAUUAUAUGUGUGUGGUGGGUAUGAUGGCUCCACAUUCCUGCAGACAGUUGAGAUGUUUGACCCAGUAACCAAUCAAUGGCGCAUGGUGGCACCAAUGAAUGUCAUGAGAAGUAGGGUGGCACUUGUUUCCAACAUGGGGAAACUCUGGGCCAUCGGAGGAUAUGAUGGCGUCUCUAACCUGUCAACUGUUGAGGUAUACGAUCCAUCAACUGAUUCGUGGUCAUUUGUAGCAUCUAUGUGCGCUCAUGAAGGUGGAGUUGGUGUUGGAGUGAUUCCUGUCUGUUGACUGCCGAGGCCAGAGGAACUGGUGCUGAUUUUGCGUGGACAUUUCAGUAACACUUGGAACAUAAAGCCAGAUAUUAAAAUAUAUUAUCUUAAUAACAAUGUCUGAGACGCUUUCUCAAGUCCUGUCUGGUAGGACUAUCAAGUGAUAUACUGGUAGCCCGAGAAGAAUUCAUUAUUCUUAAGAUGCCAGUUGCUGCAUAUCAGUACUUCACAAAAGAAACAUUAAUUCCAUUUGGACUGUAGCAUCAGCAACUACAUGCUCAUAUUUUGUUUAGAUCAGUAGUUUGUUUUUUUGGCUGCAGGUCAUUCCAAAGUUAUUAUUUAAGAUGCCAUGUUCAGACAAACGUUUCUACCACUGUAAUAUAUAACUUGAAUUUGAAAAUGUUUACCAGUUUCAAAAACAGGAAACAUGAAGAUUCACCAGCACAGAAUAUAAGUCCUGUGUUAACACACAGCUACCGCACAAAACUAGUACCGAGCCGUUAUUUCUCUCAAGUCUCUUUGGCAAGACGAUUUGUGUUGUUACAUCCCAGAUGAAACCCCAUUCUCAGUGUGAUAUCUAUGAACAAGAAAUGAAAAUAGUCUAUAGGAUGCUGGUGCCUAAUUUUUGCAAUGAUGUCACCAGUCUUCAUUCUUUGUCCUUCCAUUUAUAUAUCGAUAUUUAUCCGAGAACACUGGUUUCAUUUCAACAUUUUGAAACAUAUGCAGUUUACUUUGUGGUAAAACAUACAUUGUAUUUGUGGAAAAAUGUGUUGAACAUUUUUCUAAACGUUCACCCCGUGAAACUAGGGCGGACCUUAAAGUGGGACUUUUUUUAAUGUCAAGACAAUCAGUCCAUAUCAUUUGAUUAGGAAGUGUUGCAUUGUGAUUUUUGGCAGCAUAAGAACAAAAAUAUUUCAACAAAAGUAAAUAUAUGAACAAUCGUACUUUCUUCAGACCGAAACUGGAGCCCCAAUCUCAUAAAGCUUUUCUUAAAACAAUACAUUCCUUUUUUGAGAUUUGUUUUGUCCAGCACCAAUGCUGUACAAUGUAUUUUUUAAAUCUUUCCUUUACGCAGCAUAGCAUUUCUUCUACGAAGAAUGCAGUACAAAUGUAUCAUAUAUCAAUAACAUCUACUUAACAGUA